GAAAGCUUUCACAUGAAAGUGUCUCUUGGUAACGGCGAUAUGGGCGUCUCUGCCCAUUUGCAGCCUUGCAAAGCAGGAACCACACGUUUCUUUACCAGCAAUACUCACAGUUCGGUGGUGUUGCAAGGCUUUGAUCAGCUUAGAAUAGAAGGAUUGCUUUGUGAUGUGACUCUGGUCCCGGGUGAUGGAGAUGAAAUCUUCCCUGUUCACAGAGCUAUGAUGGCAUCUGCUAGUGAUUAUUUCAAGGCUAUGUUCACAGGGGGAAUGAAAGAACAAGAUUUAAUGUGCAUUAAGCUUCAUGGAGUGAACAAGGUUGGUCUGAAGAAAAUAAUUGAUUUUAUUUAUACUGCAAAACUUUCUCUUAAUAUGGACAAUCUUCAGGACACACUUGAAGCUGCCAGCUUUUUACAAAUUUUACCUGUUUUGGAUUUCUGUAAAGUGUUUCUUAUUUCAGGAGUCUCUUUAGAUAACUGUGUUGAAGUUGGGCGAAUUGCUAACACCUAUAAUCUUAUAGAAGUGGAUAAAUAUGUCAAUAAUUUCAUCCUGAAGAAUUUUCCUGCGUUAUUGAGUACUGGGGAGUUUCUAAAACUCCCUUUUGAACGGCUCGCCUUUGUGCUUUCCAGCAAUAGUCUUAAGCACUGUACCGAACUCGAGCUGUUCAAGGCUGCCUGUCGCUGGCUAAGGUUGGAAGACCCUCGGAUGGAAUGUGCUGCAAAAUUAAUGAAGAAUAUUCGAUUUCCACUGAUGACACCACAGGACCUCAUCAAUUAUGUGCAGACAGUAGAUUUCAUGAGAACAGACAAUACCUGUGUGAAUUUGCUUUUGGAAGCCAGCAAUUACCAAAUGAUGCCGUAUAUGCAACCAGUGAUGCAGUCAGAUAGAACUGCCAUUCGAUCUGACUCAACGCACUUGGUUACGUUAGGAGGAGUUUUGAGGCAGCAGCUGGUUGUCAGUAAAGAAUUACGGAUGUAUGAUGAAAGGGCACAAGAGUGGAGAUCUUUAGCCCCCAUGGAUGCUCCUCGUUACCAGCAUGGCAUUGCUGUCAUUGGAAACUUUCUUUAUGUAGUUGGUGGUCAAAGUAAUUACGAUACGAAAGGAAAAACUGCCGUCGAUACAGUUUUCAGAUUUGAUCCUCGUUAUAAUAAAUGGAUGCAGGUUGCAUCAUUAAAUGAAAAGCGCACAUUCUUCCACUUGAGUGCCCUCAAAGGACAUUUGUAUGCUGUUGGUGGGCGAAGUGCAGCUGGUGAACUGGCUACAGUAGAAUGUUACAACCCAAGAAUGAAUGAGUGGAGUUAUGUCGCAAAAAUGUGUGAACCCCACUAUGGCCAUGCUGGAACAGUGUAUGGAGGCUUAAUGUAUAUUUCAGGAGGAAUUACUCACGACACUUUCCAAAACGAGCUCAUGUGUUUUGACCCAGAUACAGACAAAUGGACACAAAAGGCUCCAAUGACUACAGUCAGAGGUCUGCAUUGCAUGUGUACAGUUGGAGACAAGCUCUAUGUCAUUGGUGGCAAUCACUUCAGAGGAACAAGUGAUUAUGAUGAUGUUCUAAGCUGUGAAUACUAUUCACCGACCCUUGACCAAUGGACACCAAUUGCUGCUAUGUUAAGAGGUCAAAGUGAUGUUGGAGUUGCUGUCUUUGAAAAUAAAAUCUAUGUUGUAGGUGGAUAUUCUUGGAAUAAUCGUUGUAUGGUUGAAAUUGUCCAGAAAUAUGACCCAGAAAAGGAUGAGUGGCAUAAAGUUUUUGACCUUCCAGAGUCACUUGGUGGCAUUCGAGCUUGUACUCUCACAGUUUUUCCACCUGAAGAAAACCCUGGGUCACCUUCUAGAGAGUCACCUCUUUCAGCACCUUCAGAUCAUUCUUAGGAAUAAGGUAUAAUACCUUUGCAAUGCAUCAUGGAUGAUCUCCUACUUCCCUGUCAGCUGUGUCUUCUUACAGUGAUUGGUAGUUAUUAGAUAGAGAGGUAACUGAUGUUAUUUGUAUUGUUUGGCUUAGUGUGUAUCCAUGGUUAACAAAUGCAUUCUGAAAAUGUAGUCAACAUAGCCAACUGUCUUAACAGAUGUAAAAAGAUAUGUAGAAAAAUGUUCAAGUUAGCUGUCUUUUUGUGGUGUUGUGUAAGUCAAAUUGUAGGUAUUGAGUAAAUGUAUAAUUGUGUUCAUUAUGCUUCAAAGUUGAAAGUUUUCAUCUUUGACUGCAAAACAUCAAAGGGAGGCAGCCUGCUCUAACCUAAAAGAAUAAACAAAAGAUCACCAAGCAUUAUUAGCUACCUCCCUUUUUUUAUAGAGUUUUUGACACAGCUGCCAACCCACUAGAUUGUGUGAGUGCAUUGAGAAUAUGUGAAGUGUCUUAGGCAGACAGGAGAAAUAAUAAAUUCAAAAAUAUUAACUAGAAAAAACAGCAUAGCCCUAAAUCAGGGUUUAGCAUCUCUUUGGAGGGGGUGGGGGUUGAGAAAAUAUAAACAAACAGGUCUACAUACACACAUAUGUAUAUACAUACAUAUAUACAUAGACACGUACAUAUGUGUAUACGUACAUACACAUAUACGUAUAUAAUUAUUAAGUUGAUUGGCUCUUUGGCUAUAGUAAAAUUGUUUUUAAAUUUAAAUUCUUUUUUUCCACCUAGCAGCUAUUUCUGUUCAAAUAGGAGUUCAGUUCCAGAGAAUAAGUGUCUCUAUAGUCAUAACUGAAUUGAGAUAGAUAAGGACUACAACCUAUUAAAUUGACAACCAAAUUUGUCACUUGACUAAAUUGUUACUUUCAAUGAAGCAUAUUACCUUUUCUGCUUGUAUAUUGUUUUCUGUAGGGUUGCUUUUAUACAGGUUAUUUAACGAAGUUUAGGUUUCAGAGAAUUGUUUUGCUCAGUAAAUUUAGGCUUUGCUAUUUUCCACCUUUUUGUUGAGUAAAGCAUGAUAUGAAAAAAGCAAAGAAAGAAAUGUGGUGAACAAAGCUGUAGGAUUUUAAGUUCAGUCUCCCCACUUAGUCAUUCUAACAUGAUUAUUUGAUUUGGGGAGGUUGCCCUCGUGCUGCUCCAGCCCGUGUGCAUCCUGAGCUUUGUGUGACCUGCCUCAAGGUUAUGAUCUGAGCAAGCAGGAGAUACACUGUCUGCAUCAAAUCAGAAAAAUGUCCUUUUGGUGCUGUCUGAAGGACAGAACCAACUUCAGAUUCCCCAGGAAGCCAGCUACGGAAAGCCUAGCACACAGCUGUCUUGCAGGCAACACUAAAUUAGAUUUUCAGCCUCUUCGGUACCUAGGGCAUCCCUAAUGGUUGAGAACCAUCUGGGGAGAUCUUAAUGGGAAGCUUAGCAAAUGGAAUCAUAGGAAUCCUCUGCAGGGAUUCUGAAGAAAUGCUUUCCUGGAAUAAAUUGUCUACCUGAAGAAAAAAUUUAUGUGCAUAUAUAUGUAUAUCCCUAUACCUGGGAGAUUGUCGUAGUGUAAAUCAGGAACAACGUUGUUAUUGACAAUCUCAUAAUAAAACUCAGGAACCAAGACAGAAGGAAUUGGCUUCCAGGGAUCUGAACCUUAUUGCCCAUACAAAUGUUGAUUCGUUUAAUGCUUUUUGUGAUUUCUGCAUUGGCAGAAAUUUUCAUACUUUCUCUGUGUUUUUUUAAUGACUCAAUUUUGUAUUACUAAAAAUAGCACAUUUGAGUACAUUUAGAAAAUAGAAAAAGUAGAAUUUGCUAUUAACCUUGUGUAUUGAAUAAGCAAGAAAUGUCAUUCUAAUCAUUUCCUUGAUUAUUAAUGAGAUUAAAUAUUUGUGUGUUUUGAGUAGCUGUGUUUCCUCUUUGAUCAAACGUUCAUGUCCUUUGCCUUUGUAAUACCUGUUGGAGUUGCUUUGUUUUUCAUAUCAAGUUAUAGCAUCUCUUUAUAUAAUAAAUAUAAUUUAACUGGCA